AAUUCAAUGAUUUUACGCAAUUUAAUUAUGUAAAUGAGAAAGUAUUAUCUCAAAUAGCAGAGGUAUAAAUAUUAGUUUCUACUGUUAUGCAAACCCUUUCUAAAGAAGUCUAGUGCAACCAGAGUCAACUCUGUCUUUAAUGAAAACAAACAAAAAAUUCAAGUUCUUCCAUAAGGUGUGUGAAAGGAAAUUGGCGAUUCGCUGUUUUAAUCCAUUUCAUAAACAUAUCGCAAAUAGAAGAGCUAUAAAAAAAGUUUGACAGUGUUGUUUAUGUUAGAAAACGAUUGCAAAGUGUGCUUCCUACAAGUGUUUACACAUGUACACCCUCCUCCAUCCACCCACAAAGUAUUAGCCGAAUAUACAACACGCACAUUUCAUUUGUGACGCAGCAGCAAUACCAUUGUUAAUGGCUUCGAAUUCGCAGGUUGGAAAAAUUGUGGUCGUCGUUGCACUCACAUUAUUUCUCUACUAUUUCUUUUGGGUAUCCAUAUUGCCGUUUAUGCUAAUUGAUGAAGGUAACUUCAUACAUUCGCUAUUUCCGCCGCUUGAAUAUGCAUUCAUAUUUCCCGCAAUAUUUGGAGUGAUAUUUCUUGGUGGCAUAUCAAUAUACACGCUGUACCACAUUUGGGAUCAUAUUUGGAAGAAAAAAACUAUUUAAAAUC